GUCGUGUCAAUUCAAUCGUGAAAUUGUUUUGGUUUGAAGCGAAAAAUACUGUUUAUCAGGCGCAUUAGCGGAUUGUGUUGGAAAUGUUCUGAAGUCGUACAAUUCGAAGAUGGAUUUCUCAGUGCAAGUGAUAAAAAAGACAAAACGACAUUCCCGAGCGGAACUGGAAGCGCUUUCGAAGGAGCAACUGAUAGAUAGGAUAGUCCAACUUGAAUCGCAGAACUUUCAGUUGAAAAAUAUCAUCCAGAAGGCGACCGGGCCGAAGCCUGUGGCAUCUGGGCAACAGAAUGAAAAGCAACGCAAGUUUGAUUUUUCGAAGUGGCACAAGCGACACAUUCUUUUGCGAUUUUUCUACCUCGGAUGGGACUAUCAGGGUUACACUACACAGGAAGACUCUGCAAAUACGAUCGAGCACCACCUGUUCAACGCGUUGACACGGGUGUGCCUUAUCGAAGACCGUGAAACAUCCAACUACCAUCGCUGUGGACGAACCGACAAGGGUGUCAGUGCGUUUCACCAGGUCGUCAGCUUAGAUGUGCGGUCGAAGUUUGCACCCGAGCAACAGCUGCUACCGGAAUCGGUCGCCAGUGAACUGAACUAUUGUCAGCUGUUGAACCGAGUCCUGCCGCAGGACAUCCGCUGUGUUGCCUGGAUGCCCAUGGUAAACCCCAAUUACAGUGCGCGGUUCGAUUGCCGGUCGCGGACCUACAGGUACUUUUUUCCUCGCGGGGACCUCAACGUAGAUGCGAUGCAGAAGGGCUGCCGGUAUCUGGUUGGGUCGCAUGAUUUCCGCAAUCUGUGCAAAAUGGAUGUUGGGAACGGUGUUGUUACCUUCACUAGAAACGUUUUACAUGCAUUCAUUAAGGAGUCGGGAAAGGAUGGUGAGGAGGCAGGAUACGACAUGCUUUACUUCGAACUUCGAGGAAAUGCUUUCCUUUGGCAUCAGGUUCGGUGCAUCAUGGCUAUUUUGAUUCUGGUCGGUCAGGGUAAGGAGGAUCCGGAUGUGAUCCUGAAGCUACUCGAUGUAGGCGAAAAUCCACGCAAGCCUCAGUACAGUUUAGCCAAUGAUCUGCCUUUGAAUUUGUAUGACUGCCAGUUCCGAAGUAAAGGGACGUUCGAUCCGAAGCUUUUUGAUAGAAAUGCUCCAGUUGCCGAGGUAGAUGAUGACGAGAUUAAUGGAGAAUCCGAUAUUCGCGAUUGGGUUUACGAAGAGGAGAGCCUAUCUAGGACUAUUGCCGAGCUUCAAGGAUUGUGGACAUCCAGCAGUAUUAAAUCAACUAUGUGUCGAGAGAUGUUGACAUCUCUGCAGAAUAUAUACAGCAAGCAGUUCGAAGACCAGACAAAACCAAGCUCCCAAACAGCCAUUUUACUGCAAGGUGUUCAACGAAAAGAGUACAUACCGCUGAUGAACCGUAAGAAGUGCGAAAGCUUGGAAAGUCGAAUUGAUCACUACGCCAAGAAAAGGCGUAUCCAGGUGAGUGGCAAAGAGAUAGACGAUCAAAAAAAUGCAGAUGUCGUGUGCGAUAGGACAUAAUUCACGCGAGAGAAAAACCGACUGAAAAUCGUUUGCGGAAUCAACAGAGUGAAAUCUUUUUAUUACCAUAUUAAUUUACCCUAAUAAAUUUUUGUACACAA